UAGCAGCAAAAAAUACAACCACUGAUAAGUUGGUAAAGCCACAUGCCUUAAAACCAAAGGAAGUUCUGUUUGCGAGAGUUACUUCCUCUAUACUUCUGACUUUUGACUGCGUUUCAUUAAACCAUUUUAACGGAAGUUGUCUGUUGUAUCAAGUUAAACAUUGCUUAGGAAAGUGUCUAGCCACCACUCUAAAGAGGACCUAGAUCCAAGAAGAUGCUGAGAUUUGUGUUGGUGCUCCUGUCGUUUGAACUUGCCUCCAGUACUGUAAUAUGUCCAGAUGGAAGAGUGUGUCCGGAUAGAUCCACCUGCUGCGAAACAGAUUCUGGAUACGAGUGCUGCCCGGUUCCAAAUGCUGUUUGCUGCCCUGACCGGUCCCAUUGCUGCCCACGAGGUUUUAAGUGCAAUACGCUGACCCAGAUGUGUGAGAGGUCAGGUGGAAGCAUGCCCAUACUGCGGAAAGUGCCUGCAAAGCCCUCUGGCCUCUCUUUCCUCAAUGCAGCGGUGUCUGAUCCUAAGAUGGCCGAACAGGAUGAGUGCUGUCUGAGCAGCAGUGGCUGCUGUCCUGUGGGAUUCCACUGUAACGAGCACAAGGCUUGUGAGAAGGACAGAGUGCAGUACCCACGGGCCGAGCUGCAGCAAGCCUCGAGCAUUGGGUCCCAGGGUGUGAUCACAUACUGUGAUAGAAAGUUCUACUGCCCCAUGAAUACCACUUGCUGCAAGAAUCCUUCUGACCAGUGGGGCUGCUGUCCAUAUCCCUUGGCUCUAUGUUGCCCUGACAAGCUGCAUUGCUGUGCAUAUGGGUUCAUCUGUGAUAGAAGAUCUACGAACUGUAUAAAGGAAUACGCAAGCGUCCCUGCAGCUCUCAAGGAGGCGGCGAGGAGAACCUGACCGACUUUUGAACAUUUCGCUCAGAUAUUCCCAGCCUUUUGCAUUCUUUAAGUAUUCAAUUUUUCACACAACAGGAUAUAAAGCGAUUGUUUCAUUUUUAAAUUAAUGCACAGCUUCAGCUGGACGCCAGCACAGGAACCUAACACAGAAGCAACAAGAGUAAUGAAAAUGCAAUAACCUCUCACUGCGAAAUUGCGCUUACUUUAAAGCAAAUUAUGGUGGUUGGUUCAAUGUCGACAAUUAAUUAAACACACUUGUAAUAACAAAA